CUCUACGCUCAAACUCUUUCUCUGGCCUCUACUAUUCUUCAUCUAACCUACAUUUUCAAUUUCAUUUCACCUUUUCUCUUUCUGUAUAAUAUAAAUACACUUUUCCUUAACAAUUUCCGAAUUUUGCUAUUUUAGAGAGAGAAAGUAGAAAGAGAAGGUCACAGAAUUAGAGGAGAAAAGAAAAGUAAAAAAAAAAGCGAGGGAGAAAAAAGAGAAGAAUUUCACGAAUUUUAAUCCACUUCAAUGGAGCCAAAUCGCUUGCAUAAUUUCUCUCCUUUCAUGUUAUGAUCUUUAAAAGAUCAAUAAAUUACUAAAUCGAUUUUUUUUUUCUGGGUUUGAUUUUAUUUCUUCGAUUCGAAACCUAACCCUAGCUUAUUUCCGUAAUCGCAACUUAUGUUGAUUUGGAUUCUUUAAAGAGACGAAAAGCUGUGAUACCUGAUCGUAUCUUUGAAGAUUUAUCGAUAAUCGUCAUUUAUAGAUCUAAGAAAUGCCGUCACAGGCGGAUCUAGAUCGGCAGAUCGAACAGUUGAUGGAAUGUAAGCCAUUAUCGGAAGGAGAUGUGAAGACACUUUGCGAUCAAGCGAGAGAGAUUUUGGUUGAAGAAUGGAACGUGCAACCUGUGAAGUGUCCGGUGACGGUUUGUGGAGAUAUCCACGGACAAUUUUACGAUCUCAUUGAGUUGUUCCGUAUCGGCGGAAAUGCUCCUGAUACUAAUUAUCUUUUCAUGGGAGAUUAUGUAGAUCGUGGAUACUAUUCAGUAGAGACUGUUACUCUCCUGGUGGCUUUAAAAGUUCGUUACAGAGAUAGAAUUACAAUUCUUAGAGGAAAUCACGAAAGUCGACAAAUUACUCAAGUCUAUGGUUUCUAUGAUGAAUGUUUAAGGAAGUAUGGAAAUGCAAAUGUCUGGAAGCAUUUCACUGAUCUUUUUGAUUAUCUACCUCUUACAGCUCUUAUUGAGAGUCAGGUUUUCUGUUUGCAUGGAGGCCUUUCACCAUCUUUAGACACAUUGGACAACAUCCGAGCCUUGGAUCGUAUACAGGAGGUUCCUCAUGAAGGACCAAUGUGCGAUCUAUUGUGGUCUGAUCCUGAUGAUCGAUGUGGUUGGGGAAUUUCUCCUCGUGGAGCUGGCUACACUUUUGGGCAGGAUAUAGCAGCUCACUUCAACCACACCAAUGGCCUUUCUCUUAUUUCUCGAGCCCACCAGCUUGUUAUGGAUGGUUAUAAUUGGUGUCAGGAAAAAAAUGUAGUGACAGUUUUUAGUGCUCCAAACUACUGCUACCGUUGUGGAAAUAUGGCUGCAAUUCUUGAGAUUGGAGAGCAUAUGGAACAAAACUUUCUUCAGUUUGACCCUGCCCCUCGACAGAUUGAACCCGACACCACUCGCAAGACCCCAGACUAUUUUUUGUGAUUUCAAUAGCUCCAUCUGUCGUUUGUAAAACUCUUACUCCUCGUGUUGCUGUAGAUUUAUUUGAAAGGGAGGAUUUUCAGUUGUUUGAGGCCAAUGUCAACAUCAUUCAUUGCUUCGGAAUGAUAUUUUGCUCUGAAUUAAUGAAGGCCUCAGUUGUUUAUUUGUAUAUUUCCCGCAGGAAAGCAUGUAGCAGCAGCGAAUGGUAUUUGGUAAUGUUUUUAAUGUUACUUCUACAAAAUCUUGAAGGCAGAGUUUCAGUAUGUUGGUCUCGUUUUCCGCCAAAUCCGUGAGGACGGCUGGAAUAAUACGGGGUUAAUAAGGCUAUUUAGUGCUUGGGUUUCCUGAGGGCAUAGCUGAAAUUGAAGAUCAUGCUGCUUAUGCUAUUCUGCAGCAUUUUUUUUUUUAAUUUUUGUAUGUUUUGAUAAUUCGUAUACCUCAUAAGUCGUACUCAUAACUCAGGUUCAAUUUCACUAUGAAGAAUAUUCAAGUAUAUCACCUGUUAUCAUAUCAAGCUCAAUUUGUAUCUUUAUAGUUUUAGUUCAUUUGAUAAACUUGCAUUUAUUGUAAUUUUAUUUUGUUAAAUAUGUGCAUUUUUAAAGAAGAUAUUGGGAUCCAAACC